AUGGUCAUAGGGGUGAGCGUACGAGAAAAAACAGCGGCGGCCGCUCGAUAUUGGCGACAUUUACGCUUCAAAACAUUACGACGCCGGUUGUUGACUCCUCAUGAAGGAGAAAUACGCCUACCAUCGCCCUCACGUGAGGUGCACGGAGUUGCAUUGCCCCCGUUGCGUAUUAAAGUAUCAACCAGUCAUGAGGAGCUACUUCGAUGGCUUCAAUUGGAGUACUUUGGCUUUUUUCACCCAACCUCCAUCAAAGAAGGAUCAGAGGAUUGCACCAAUUCUGAUGUCUGCGUCCACGUUGGGCCGCCAAAAUCUCUUGGGUAUCCUUACACCCUUGUCUCUGAGGCCAGCAAUUUUAGUGAAGCAAUUCGUCAAAUCGAGGAACGUGCCACCUGGGAGGAAACAGACUCGGUUAGGAGUCUACACUCUACAAGGUGGAUUACGCAGCCGCUGCUUGAUGGGUUCGUUUCUCGUCGGGUUGUGGCCCAUGUCGGUUUAACAAGUGGUAACAUUCCACAAACGCUAGCGGUGGCCAGUCGACUAAAGUUGGAACUCUCACCGAGUGAGGUGUCUCCAUACUACUGUGCCAGUGAUCUUUUGUCCUCAUGGGGACUUUUUGGCGUUCCAGAUCCAAACAGUAAGGAGUUUAGAACCGACGAUGUGAGUCGCCUGGUACAACUGGCGCAUGCUAGUAUCGUACUUCCCAUGUAUCGGGGCCUCUGGAUGAAUGGAGCCGCUCUUUGCAAUGACAAGGGCGAUGCUGUUUUGAUAUUAGGACCACGACGAAGUGGGAAAACGACGUUGGCACUUCACUGCCUUGCAAUGUCGUCACCUCGUCUUCGUGUUGUGGGUUUGGAGAACUUUUACCUUGCCGAGACAGGCAAUCUUGUCGACACCACGUCGGGCUUAGAUGGAUUGGAGGUGCUUCUCAUGGGUCUUCCCACCUCCGUGAAGGUGGGCGUUGGAGCUCUACUGGGAACACUUCGUGCGAACCCCAUGUUGGUGGAGGCAGCCCACACCUUUCAGCUUUCUCCGUCCACGAUUCAGCAGCUUAUCCGAAACAACGACUCGACCAUUUGGAAUAUUGGCUCGAGUCACCAGAUUCAUAUUGAGGAAGCCUUUGGACGUCAGCGUUGGUGCCCCACAAUAAUUGCACGAUUAAAAGGAAUUUUGAUACUGAAUUGGGAUGUCCAGGAACUUUCCAGGUCGCAUUCACGCGUUAGCUCGCAGGUACUGAAGUGGGAUAGCAGGGAAAAGGGUCUUCGGUUGUUGACUGCCCUUGCGGAGAAGAAGACAGGCACUCUUUUUAAGGGGCAUUAUCUUCUACGUUCAUUGUACGAUGAGAGGAAUGCGAUGACCUUGCUUGAGAACUUCAUUUUUGGUGCGAAUGACUUCUUUGUGCCUCCACUGUAUGAGCUGCAAGGUUCUGUUAGUUUUGAUGCUGCGGUAAAACUUAUUUGCAACCAUAUCUUGCAGCGGAGCGAUUCUUAA